AUGGCUAAAUUUGGGUUAAAGGAUCAAUUGAAAAACCAUAAAUUGAUAGAGACUAUUGACAAGUCGAAAUCAAAGCCAGCUGUGAAGAAAGAAAAGGCCGCUGUAAAGAAGGUCGUGGAGGCAGCUCCAAUCGAAGCAAAGCCAGUCUAUAAGAAGGAAAAGAAGACUGAGAAGGAUGCUUACCAGAGUGAUACUUUAUCCAAGAAGGAACAAAGAAAGUUGAAAAAGUUGCAGGAGUUAAUUGAAAAGGCCGAGGAAGAAGAUUCAGAAGAUGAAGAAGACGUUGAAGGUGAAGAUGAAGACGAUGAGGAAGAGUUAGACUUGGAAAGAUUAGCUGCUAGUGACAGUGAAAGUGACAUCAACGACGAUGAAGAAGCUGAAGAUAGCGACGAAGAUGAUGAAGAUGAUGAAGAAGAAGACGAUGAAGAAGAAGUGGAAGAGGAAGACAUCCCAUUAUCUGAUGUAGAGAUAGACUCCGACGCCGACAUUGUUCCACACACUAAACUCACUAUAAAUAACAUGGCUGCCUUGAAGGACUCUCUCGCCAGAAUUCAAUUACCCUGGGCCAAGCACUCUUUCCAAGAGCAUCAAUCUGUAGUCUCAGCUGAAAACACGGAAGCUGAAAUCAAGGACAUCUAUGAUGAUACCGAAAGAGAAUUAGCAUUCUAUAAGCAAGGUUUAGACGCCGUCAAACAAGCAAGAGCUACUCUCUUAAAGCUCAAAGUCCCAUUUGCCAGACCAAUGGACUACUUUGCUGAAAUGGUCAAGAGUGACGAGCACAUGGAUAAAUUAAAACAAAAGUUAUUAACUGAAGCUGCUAAUAAGAAGGCCUCAGAAGAUGCAAAGAAACAAAGAAUGUUGAAGAAGUUCGGUAAACAAGUUCAAAAUGCUACUUUACAAGAAAGAGCCAAGCAAAAGAAAGAAAGUUUGGAAAAGAUCAAGUCUUUAAAGAAGAAGAGAGGUGCUAAUGAAUUGUCUAACGAUGAUGAUUUCCAAAUUGCUCUUGAAGAAGCAACCAAGGAAGAAAAGUAUGGUAGAUCUGCCGGUGGUGACAACAAGAGAAGCAAGCCUAACUCAAAGAGAUUGGCCAAAAACUCCAAAUAUGGUAUGGGUGGUCCAAAGAGAGGCAAGAGAGAAAACGAUGCUGCUUCCUCUAUGGAUGUCAGUGGAUUUUCUUCCAAGAAAAUGAAGGGUAAGCCAACCAGACCUGGUAAGAGUAGACGUAGACAUUAA